AUGAGGAAAUCGGGGUUUUUGACAAAUAUUGUAAUGGUGUGUCAUCUGGUUAAAUUUCGUAAAUAUGGUGUCAAGGAAAUGAUUUCACCUCGUUUUAAUUUGUUUACGGUUAGGAAGACUGAAUUGUUUCAGAGAUCAACGUCUUGACAAGUUCGUAAAAUGACUUGAAGAUGAACGGAUUUAGUGAAAAUACAGAGGCCGAAAUAGCUGAACGUAAUGAAAGAGCCAAAAAGUUAUACAGAUACAUUACCGAUGUUGCGAGGCGUAUCGACGAAGCCACUGCGGCCUGUCACUCCGUGGCAGAUCUGUUCACCACCUACAUUGAAGUACAGCGACAGAAGCUUCGUGACAACUGUGAAAAACUUAUGUUUCUGGAUCCCUUGAACUAUGGCAAGAAGUCCCUGGAAUUGUUAUGGAGAAAAGUCUACUAUGACACUGUUUCUGCUGCAAAAAAGUUUGGUGAGGCAGAAAAUGAAUAUGACAACUAUCUAUUUACCCACAUAGUUUGUGGGAUUGGACAUUUCCAUCACUGCAUAUCUCGAAUCCAGUCAGAGAUGAAAGUGGAGUGCUGUGAGCUGGACUACACGCCGCAGCACAUUGAUGAGGAGAAGGAGGAUGCGGAGAAACCCUCACAUGAUGAGGAGUUGCAGUUGUUUGGUCGUGGUCUCCUCCACUCCUGUCUCCUUUAUCUUGGAGACUUGAGCCGCUAUCAAGCAGAAAUAUUCCAUGCAUUUGACUCCUCCAUUGCUGCGCGUUACUAUCUUCAGUCAGCACUUGUAGAUAUGUCUUCUGGUAUGCCCUAUAACCAACUCGGUAAUUUAUAUCUGGAUAAAAAUCAUAAUUUAGAUUCAGUCUGUUACUACAUUCAAUGCCUGAGCUGCACGGUACCCUUUGAAGGAGCUUUGGGUAACCUCACAAAAUUGUUUGAAAAGAACACUCAAUUUGUUGAAACAAUAACCAGCACAGAGUCUCUGAGUCAAGUGGAGCACAUUCAGACAACUAUAUCUAAUUUCUUGUCUCUAAUUGAAGUGUGGUAUCUUGCUAAAGAUGAGUCAGAUAUUCCGCAAAAAUGCAGCUCAAUAGCUCAGCUACUCAAAAUAAGCAUGGAUUUCAACCAGAUCCCAUUGCCAGAUAUAAAUAAACAGUACACUGAGUAUCAACAGGCUGUUGAGGAUGAAACUUUAAAUCCAUCCUAUUUAAAUUCAAAUCUUAUUCACAAAAUAGUGCAAGUGUGCUUGUUCACCGCUGCUAAAAUGAAUGAUGCUGAUGAGAAAAAGGCCUUUGCAGCUAAAGCUUUUACAUUAGCACUUCUAUCACAACUUCUGCAAAAACUCUUACAGCAGCUUGAAGCUCUGGGCUUUCAGAAUCCAGCAGAUAAAUAUAAUAAAAGAUCAGCAAGAAUGAUUGAAUCACUAUCUAAUAAGGUGGAGAAACAAGAAAAAUCAACAACUGAUGAUGAAUCCAAUGAGGUAGGUCCGAUUGAAAAUAACAUAAAAGUUAUUGUAAGUGAACCAAAUGAAACCGAAGAAACAUCCAUAGUAACACAGCCUGACAUUGAUGCUACUAAAGAUGGUCAGAAUGGUGACGCAAAAACAAAUAAAAAGACUUUAGCAAAACGUCGCCGUCGGCGCCGACUGGCUUCUUCUGAUAGCUCAGAUAUGACUGAAUCUGAGGCAAGUGAGGCCGAGAGUGAUGCCUCCUGUUCUGAUGAAGCUCUGUCAGGUUCAUCAUUUGACUCUGAUGAUGAUAUGAAGAGUGAUAACUCUGACGAUAUAACUGACACAGAAACUGCUGUACCUUCUGAAAAACAAAAUGGAAAUACUACUAACAUACAUGAGAAACAUGUUAACGGUGAUGUCAAGGAAAAUGGGAAAAUUAAAAAAGAUGACAUGAGCUGUGACUCUGAUACUAAACCACAACUGAAAGCUAAAGGAAUACAAGAUUUUCUAAGAGGUGAUAAUUUUCUGCCAAGCAUUAAACUGCUUCAAGAUUGGAUUCUGAAUGAGAAAGAUCUGCUCUUGUCCUGCGGAGACAGUGGAGAGUCAUUGUUUCAAUGUGUUGUGGACUUGCUCAAUAUAUUUACGCACUACUUCAAACCAAAAGCUGGUUCAAAACCAGUGGAGUCUUGUGAAAUAUUGGACUAUGCUAGAAGCAUUGCAAAAAAAUUAAAGCUUGACUACAGAACUAUUCCGCUCCCAGAAGAUGUGAGCUUGCGAGGAUCCAACAUAUGCAAGUAUGACAAGGAUGCAGCAGAAUGGCAGCUGUUGAACAUGUACCAGCCAUCUGUUUACGAAGAAAACAUCAUAAGAAUUCUCAAGUUUAUUGAUUUUGGAGACCAAAUAGCAAAGAUUGUGCCAAGAAUCAGGUACAACCGAUCUAUGCAGAUACUCUAUUUGAAGAAAACACCUACAGCUAAAGUAAACACUAAAAACAAUGUCAAGAAGGGCAGAGAGUGGCACAAUUCUAAAAAACAACAGCAGUCAUCCGAGUCCGAGUCAGGCCUGCUGCGCCGUCUGGGCCGGCUGUGGCUGACGUCACAGGUGCGCGAGCUGGAGCGCUCGGGCCGCGCGGCGCCGCCCACCAUGCUGGUGCCCACGGCCGAGGCGUUGCACACCAGACUCAAACAGGUCAAGCUGCUGCUGAGGGCUAGAGCGUUUAUAUUGCUGGUGCCGUCUGUUGUGCUGCAAGAGUUGGACGAACUAAAGCGCGAUCAGAGCUCGGCGCGGGACGCCAUCCGCUGGCUGGAGGGCGCUCUGGCGGGCGGCGCGCGCGGCGUGCGGGCGCAGCGGCCAGGCCAGGCGCGCGCGCUGCCGCUGCUCAAGUACCCGCGCAAGGCACCCCCGCACAUACACAACUACAUACAGAUCCUCGAGUUCUGCCACCACUUCGUCGCCGACGACCGCGGCGCCGGCGACCCCAAGACAUCCUCCCUACUAGUGCUCCUAACAGCUGAUCCACCCGAUGACUCCUACAAGGAGUUCAGCAUCACCGGCGCGGCGCAGUCCGCCGGCGUCACUCUCGACACCAUAGACAACUUCUACGCCAAGUGGCGGCAGACGGUCCACAAGAGCGGCAAGAAGAGGUGAGCGCUGACUGAACUGAACUUGGCUACAGAACGGACCGGCCGACUCGGCAAUAGAACGCAGAUUAAAACUCCAGGAAGGAGAAAUAAAAAGUUGGGGGCGCUUAUCGAAGCGCUGCUGUUAGGGUGGAGUGUGAUGCUGUCGACGGUGGAAAUUGGACGCAUCGUAUCUUCGAAUAUUUUUUGUCAUGUCGAUCCGACUGGCAAAUAAAAAAAAAUCGGGACAUCUUAUAUUUUCGUUUAGUACCUACUAUAUUUUAAUGUCAUGGGGUGUCUAUCAAUAGUUAUUCUGAAACAUUUUAAUAUAAUUAGAUUAAUGUGCAUUUCAAUGUCAUUUAAAAAUACCUAUCAUCCAUUUCAUGUAUUCUCCCAUAAUAGUUGAGGCAUAUUCAUACUUUUGGAAUAGUAAUCGAUUGUUAAUUUAUUAUUUAAGCUCAAUGUUUUCGUUUUCAAAAUACUAUAUUCAUGUCUUUACAAUAAAUACAUUUGUCAUUAA